CUUGCCAAGCUUGUUCCAUAAAAAAAAAACAAAAAAAAAAACACACGUAUUCCGUCUUUCAAACACACACAGCACAAAGCAAACAGAGAAAGCAAUACACUUCAGAAAAAAACACAGUGCAAGUGUCAAAAAUAUUAUGGGUAAGGGAGGCCAAUCGAUUAAUGGAGUGGCUAAGGAAGCCAAACCUGUUGAGCAAGAAAACAUGGCUGCUUGGCUUGUUGAUGUCAACACCAUCAAGAUCCUACCUUUCGAGCUCCCCAGUAUCGGACCCAAUGAUGUCCGGAUUUGGAUUAAGGCUGUCGGCAUUUGUGGAAGCGAUGUUCACUACCUCAAGACCAUGAAAUGUGCGAAUUUUGAGGUCAAGGAGCCAAUGGUAAUCGGACAUGAGUGUGCUGGCAUCGUAGACAAAGUUGGGAGCGAGGUGAAGCAUCUGGUGCCUGGUGACCGGGUGGCGGUUGAGCCCGGUAUCAGUUGCUCUCGGUGUCAGCAGUGCAAAGGAGGGCGGUACAAUCUUUGCCCCGACAUGAAGUUUUUCGCCACCCCACCGGUUCAUGGUUCCUUGGCAAAUCAGAUUGUGCAUCCUGCGGAUCUAUGCUUUAAGCUGCCAGAGAAUGUGAGCUUGGAGGAAGGGGCAAUGUGCGAGCCCUUGAGUGUUGGGGUUCAUGCUUGUCGGCGAGCCAAUGUUGGUCCCGAAACAACUGUUCUGGUCAUCGGAGCUGGGCCUAUUGGUCUCGUUUCAGUUUUGGCCGCUCGUGCUUUUGGGGCACCAAGAAUUGUCAUCGUGGAUAUGGAUGACCAACGUUUAGCCAUGGCAAAGUCUCUUGGCGCUGAUGGCACUGUAAAAGUUUCAACAAAAAUGGAGGAUAUAGAUGACGAAGUUGCCAUGAUUAAAGAAGCCAUGGAAUCCGAAGUGGAUGUAACCUUUGAUUGUGUGGGUUUCAGUAAGACCAUGUCGACAGGUCUCAAGGCCACUCGCUCCGGCGGCAGAGUCUGCCUUGUCGGAAUGGGACACGGCACGAUGACAGUGCCUCUCACUCCAGCUGCUGCCAGGGAGGUUGAUGUGGUUGGAGUUUUCCGGUACAGGAACACAUGGCCACUUUGCCUCGAUUUUUUGAGAAGUGGGAAGAUCGACGUGAAGCCGCUCAUUACUCACCGGUUUGGAUUUACCGAGAAGGAUGUGGAAGAAGCCUUUGCAACCAGUGCUCGUGGGGGUAACGCCAUUAAAGUCAUGUUUAAUCUUUAGAAAAUUAAGUUACUAAAUUUCGGAUUCCUUGAGACAAGUUGUAAUGGUUCGGAAAUCUUAGGUGAAAAUUAUCUACAGUUUUUUUUUUGGACAAAGUUCUGUUUUCUACUGUUGGGGAAGCUGUACGAUAGAACCCAAGCUUGUUCAUGUACAGAGUUGUAAAUUGUUUUAUUUUACACUAUUUCCUUCAAGAAAUAUGAACUAUGUAAUGUUACAUUAUACCGAGAGGUUCUUCAAUCAAUAUGACAUUUUUUUUAACAA